AUGAGCGCACCGAUAAUCAUCACGGUACCAAACAAUUACUUGACGGUGGAUGAGGUGGACUCGAAGGUCGUCAUGGAUGUGCCGCCUCCGCCACCGUCAAGGAAGAGGCGGCUGGAUCAUUUAUCAUGGGAGGAAAAAAUGCAAAGGAAGAAGCUGAAGAAUCGCGUAGCGGCGCAGACGUCGCGCGACAGGAAGAAAGCCAAAAUGGACGAGAUGGAGUUUCAGAUAAAGAAGUUGGUGGAGGCGAACGAGCGGCUAACGAGCGAGGUGUCGAGCUUGAAAGCUUUGAACGAGCGUCUGUUGACAGGAGGGGCCCCCGACGGCGAUCCGCGCGGCACGCCUGCUGCUGGCGAUGUGCCUGCUCUCGCAGACCUCUUGCAACACCUCGACUCAGAAGAGUACCUCGAUACCCUCCAUCAACUUGCAGACUCCCUCCUCAAAGAAAUUGAUGCAGGUGCUGCAGGAGCGCCUGAAGAUGUCACAGUCCGGGUCCCUGGAGAGUGCCAUCAAGCAGUUGAAAUGGUGGGGUCCUCAGCAGAGCACCUGGAAUCCAGUGAAGUUGCAGUCAUAGACCUCAAGCAUGAUGUCAACAGGAUACUGUCGCAACACUCAUAUGCACAUCCCUACAUACCAGACGUUACAGCCACCCAGCCAGAAGAAACAGUACAAAUUAAAGAAGAUAUAGGAAAUGACAAAGGUGACAUCUUCUAUGCCAGUUUUGAUGAAGCCAACGAUUGUAUCACUGUUGAAGUGCCGUGUGAUGAACAAGUUGUGGAAGAGUUAUCCCCAAUUAAAGUUGAGACAGAGUUGAAUUCUGUGAUAGAUGUUUCUGGAGUAUCUCUGGAGUGUAAUCUAAAAAUGUUAUCACCAAUGAGCUUAUCGCCCAAUUCAGCUGAUGAGAAUUUACUUCUGUCACCCUCACACACCAGCAUAUCAGAUCUCGGAUAUGAGUCGUUGGCCUCACCACUCAGUGAGCCUGAUUCGAUGGACCUAUCAGAUUUUUGGUGUGAAUCAUUUUCAGAAUUAUUCCCUGGUUUGGCAUAG